CAGACAAUGUUUGAUCGAUAAAAGUCAAACGACUGUUGUGUGUUAGAAAGCCUCAACGUUUCGGGGCUGCUAAUCACAACUCCGCUCCGACACAAAGUAAAUAUUUAGUAGGUAGUAAGCAUUAGAGGAAGACUGAGCCACGCGGCAGGCACACGCGACACAGCCACAAUGGAGGAGCUGCAGGAUGCCAGCAUACACCACAUGACCGCGAGGGUUAUUUCGGCCAUUAAGACCACCAAAUGCUAUGAGCCCAUCUACAAGGAGCUACAGCGUCUCGCCUGCAGUCCCAAUGUGGAUCCCAUCGAUAUGCGCAACACGCUGGAGGAGGCCAUCAAGGGAGCCGGCCUGGAGACGGAGAUACGCAACAUUGUCUACAAUCUGGUGCGCAGUCGUCUGUGCAAGCCAGAGGCCACCAAACAGCUAUCGAAAACCACUUUAAGUGAUCCUCUGGGCUAUUUGAAGCGAGCCGGCGUACUGUGGGAUCGACGUGUGCGCAAGAGCUUGAACGCCAUGUGCUCGGAGCUGAAGGUUCCACUCCAUGGACAGCCACGCAUCAGCGCAGAUCGCGAGGACUUUAUGGCCAAAUGGAAUGAGCUGAGCAACUACAGCAUGGAUCUGGCCAACUAUCGACCUGUGUACGCGCCCAAGGAUCUGCUGGAGGUGCUGCUCUCUCUGAAAGGACCCGCCAAGACCACCGAGAAUACAGACCAAAUUCCUCAAUGGGAAUUCUCGCACAUUGCGCUGCCCGUGAAGAAUCUGUUUGAGCUGCGGACACACUUUGCGGAUCUGUUGCGCAGUGACGGCUACUUGGGAGUGCCGGACCUGACGACGCAGUGCCAGCGCAUCCUGGAGGGUCGCCAUGCGCCCAUGUGUCAGCAUUUCCUGAAGAAGGGCUGCACGCCGGCGCCGUAUCGAGGCGCCCUCUGGGCCGCUGUGCUGGACAGCAAGCUGCAUGACUAUGACAUUGAGCACUGGCAGAAGCUGCGCAACACAGUUUGGACCACGGAUCACAUUGUGGACAAGCUGGUCUUCAAGGACAUCCAACUGACGGCCUCCAAUGAUGAUCAGUACUUUGUGUUCGAGGAUGUGCUCUAUCAGGUGCUGCUCUGCUUCUCCCGCGACACGGACAUUGGCAGCUGUGUCGACUACGAGGCCUUCCCCGUGAAGGGUCGCACCUACGAGGGCCCACCCUCGGGCGUGGUGCCCUUCCAUGGCAUUUGCAUGUUUGCCGCUCCCUUCUGCUAUCUGUACGAUUCGCCACUGAGUCUGUACUAUACAUUUCGUGCAUUCUACAUACGCUAUUGCCACCGAUUGACCACCAUCAAUACGCACCCCCAGGGCAUUGUCAGCCUCUGUUUGCUGUUCGAGAAGCUCCUGCAGACCUAUGAGCCACAGCUGUGGUCGCAUUUCCGUGAGCUGCAGAUACAGCCUCUGCGCGUUGUCUUCAAGUGGCUAAUGCGCGCCUUUUCCGGCCACCUGCCACCCGAUCAGCUGCUCAUCCUCUGGGAUUUGAUAUUGGGCUUCGAUAGCCUGGAGAUCCUGCCACUGUUUGCCAUUAUUAUUUUAAGCUUCCGCAAGGAGAGCCUCAUGCAGGUGGCUUCCCUGGACAACAUUGAGGCCAUACUGGCGGAUCUAUCCUCGAUCAAAGUGCUGCCCCUUGUGCAAUUAGCCCUGAGUCGAGAUUAAACAAAAUUCUGUGUAAUUGAAUAGUCUACAAAUUGUCCAAAACUUGUGAAUAAUACGACAAAAAGUG